AUGGCGCCGCGCCUCUGGAUCAUGACGACUUUCUCUAGCGCCAACAUCCACCCGUUGCACCGCCAGCGGGUCAAGGGUCGGGAGAUCGUCGUCACGGAAGAACCGCGACUCCAUCUGGUUUGGAUACAUGUCCGGAUCUUUGUAAAGCCGCUGCCACGUUAUCUGUUGUCACAAACCUUCUGGAAAACGCAUCUAGAUGCGGGCUCAACCCAAGCGGGCUACAGUCGGAGCGACCUCUUCAAGGUUGCGACUGGGUUUCUGCGGACAUACCGCUACUUGAUCCAGCACGAGUCCGACUUCCAUAUCGCUCAGCAGGAUGACUUCCGUCUCGUACCUAAAGACAUAGACUGGCCAUCGUUCUGCCGGUUCGUCUUAGAACUCAGCCAUAUCGACAAUGCGGCCGUGUCAAAGAGAUACUACUAUGGCGAACUAAGGCUAACGCGACUUAACUUGUAUGCGCUGCUACUUCUCCGCAAGUUCCACUUCGAGCAGGUGCACGGACAGUACGGAGACUUCUUUAGACGGCUGUAUGGGCCUGUGCUCUUUGUGUUUACCGUUCUUGAGGCCUCUCAUUGGGAGGCAAUGUGGCACGUGUCUCGAUACUUUAGUAUAAUCAGUCUUAUGGCAGCGGCUAUUGUAUCCUUGUGGUUCGUCGUGCUGUGGCUAUGGAUAUUCCUCGAUGAAUGGAUAUACACUGCAAGGCAAAAGCUAAGGAAGAAGCAGAAGGCCUGA